AUGGGGGCUUCUCUUGAUGAACUAGCUUCAAUUUUAGCCGAUUCAGAAAAGAAAAUUUUAAGGAGGGAAUUUCAAGGUUUAGAAAAUGAGAAGUUUAAUUUGUUAACGCGUAAAGGAGUUUUUUGCUAUGAUUACAUAGAUAGUUUGUCGAAACUAGAUGAAACUUCUUUACCUCCAAUUGAAAAUUUUUAUAAUAAAUUAAAUGAUGAGAAUGUAAGUGAUGAGAAGUACGCUCAUGCGCAAUCUGUUUGGCAUCAAUUUAACAUUCAAAAUAUAGGGGAAUAUUCCGAUUUGUAUUUAAAAACAGAUAUUCUGCUUCUUGCGGACGUUUUCGAACAAUUACGCAAAAAAUGUUUUUCCACCUAUGGCCUGGAUCCUGCGUGGUACUAUACAAUGCCCGGAUAUACGUGGGACUGUAUGCUCAAGUAUACAGGAUGUAGGUUAGAACUACUAAAGGAUCCAGACAUGGUGCUGUUUUACGAGAACGCCAUAAGAGGUGGAAUAUCCGUAUGUAGCAACCGAUUUUCUGAAGCUAACAAUAAAUAUAUGUCUGAUUACGAUCCUAAAAAACCGUCCAAAUACCUUAUGUACCUGGAUGUUAACAAUUUGUAUGGUUUUGCAAUGGAGCAGCUCUUACCCUACGGAGGAUUUAAAUGGUUGGAUGAUGUAACAUCGUUUGAUGUGACAUCAAUAGCCGAUAACUCUGACGUAGGGUAUAUCUUACAAGUUGAUCUAUCAUACCCACAAGAAUUGCAUGAUAAACAUAAAGAUUUUCCGUUUGCAGCCGAACGCAGCGUACCACCCAGAGGCGGGGUAAAAUUACCGAAAUUAAUGACAACACUUCACGAUAAAAAAGAAUAUACUGUUCACUAUAAAAAUUUAAAACAAAUGCUAGCUAAUGGACUAAAGUUAACGAAAAUUCAUAAAAUUUUACAAUUUAAACAGGCAGCCUGGUUGAAGCCCUACAUCGAGCUAAAUACUCGAAAUAGGGCUGCAGCUCAGACAGAUUUCGAAAAAAAUUUGUAUAAAUUAAUGAACAACGCUGUGUUCGGAAAAACUAUGGAGAACUUAAAAAAACACCGUAUUUGUAAAAUCGCGAAAUCUUGGGGUGGUCGCUAUGGCGCCGCAAAUUUAAUUUCGAGUUUUAGAUUCCAUAGUUGUACAAUUUUAGAGGAAAAUCUGGUGGUUAUCGAAUUAAAAAAGCUUGAAAUAACGUUUAAUAAACCUCUAUAUGUAGGGCAGGCGAUUCUAGACCUCUCUAAGACAGUCAUGUAUGAUUUUCAUUACACCUAUAUGUUACCAAAAAUGGGAGCAGAUAGGUGUAAGCUUAUGUACAUGGACACCGAUAGUUUUGUCUACGAGUUGCAGUGCGAGGAUGUAUAUGAGGAGGUAAUUAAAGCUGACUCUAGUAAAUUUGAUACUUCAGAUUAUUCUAAAAAUAACAUAUAUAAAAUACCGCAAAAAAACAAAAAGGUGCCGGGUCUAAUGAAAGAUGAAAACAACGGUAAAAUUAUGACACAUUUUGUGGGGCUUCGAAGUAAAAUGUAUAGUUACAAGGUGCAGGGUGGGAAGAUCGUUAAAAAAUCUAAAGGAGUUAAAUAUAAUGUUGUUAAAAAUUAA